AUGACUACCGUGCAGGACUCACUUAGAUCGGCACCCGCUGCAGGAGCGAUGGAGAUGCAGACGUUGUUGCCGAGUACAUGCGGCGAGGAAGUGGAUCUGCCCGGCGUGCCACGCGUUGGGUGUGUGGCUGCUAUCUCCUACAAGCCCCACAGCCCACACGGCUUCUCUGUCUGCGUUGUCGGCAUGGCCGACGGAAUCGCCAUUCUUGGUCCGGACCUCACCCAGCGGCACUAUGGUCGCCACUGUCUCCUCACACGGCACCUUUGGCGACCGGCGGCGCUGUUCGAAGGCAGUGGAGAGCAGCCAAACGCCACCGCGCACGAAUGUGGAAGGGCGGCUCAAUCUCGCAAUGGCACCGCCAUGCUGCCGCACACGAAGGGGAGCUACGCCAGUAUUGUCGCUGUCACCGCCUGCCUAGUCGCAGGUGAGGACGGGAACGGCGCCAAUGUGGCGCUGGAAACUGCGGAGGAUGACACGAUUGCCAUUGUGGUCGCCUGGUCCGAUGCAGCGCUGCAUCACCACGUAACGGUCCUGACGGCUCAUCUGCGAUGUAUCCUGACACCGUCCUCGAAAAGAUGCGCCAGCAGCGGCAGCGUACACGUGGAGGCAGGGCUGGUGCAGGUUGUAGCACACGAUGCCCUACCGUUGCACCCGAUGCAGUCUGUCCUGCGUUUGUUUUACCACUCUGCCAUGGCAACGUCCCAAAAUGAGAUUGCCCCGCACCACGUCGUGAUGUGCUCUGUGUACUCCCCGUUGGACUGGACGAUGUCGCCUGAGAGGCACUUCGGCCUGUCCGAUCCAGGGGCCACCACCAACAACACGUCUCCCAGCUCGGUAGUGAAGCCGUCGCACCCAAAUGCCGGCAGCGGCUCCGCUGUGGCAGAGUCGGUUGCUCCCUCGGCAGCAACAGCAGCACGGGGGCACGGGGGGCUACUUUUUCUCACCGUGUCCGCUUUUCAUGACAGCGACACUGCUGGUGAAGCGACGGCCUCUGCUUCCGCGAGUCUGAAGAACGCCUGUGCCAACAACGGCAUCCGAGUGUGCGCUGGGCCGUCUGCGGGAAAAGAUGUGGCGCCGUGGCUGCUACAGUUUCAGCCAGACCGAAUUGUUUGCGCCUUCGCCGUGCAGUCUGCCACGACAAGCGUGAUCGCGGUGGCCGGGACGACAGACGGUCGGGUGUAUCUGCUGGGACAGACCUCGCAGCGCCUGGUGCGCCGAGUCAGUGGCCCCGUGGCAGAUGCGAUGUUUGUGCAGACAAAGCUGGCGAAUGUCCGGUCGCGGACCCGCAACGCUGUCGUGGAUGGAUUGCUGAACGAAGCCAUCGAGGAGGACACGCGCAGGAGCGGUGGCGUUUUGAGUCAGCCAGACGAUUAUGCGCCCCAUGACGAGAGCGAUUCUGCGGCGCUAGUGAUCCUUGAGAGCGCCGGUCACUUGCUGGUCUUGCGCGCCAUCAAUAGCGACGCCCCUAUCACGCAAAGCGUGGCAGACAUCUCGCAAGUUAUCACGCUUGCGAAUGGGCGGCAGCAAACGCUCACCUUUGUGGACUCGUCCAUGGAGAACCUCGAAGAGAGCACGCACAUUAGCUCAAAGAGCUUCCUGGACUUGAGCUCCUUGCGCGGCUUCUUCGGACGGCGCCGUCCACCAGUGCCGCCGCCGCCUCCCGAACAACAUCAACGGAAGCUGGGACGGAGCGACUCCUCUCCUACAAACGCGCCGCUGGCCUCAAGCAGUCUUACCACGUCCCCUGCAAAUCAAAGCUUCUUGAACGGCGCUAUGGGCAUCGAGGAGAUUCACAUAGCGGGCCAUAUCCUGAGUCGUGGUUUGCUGUGUGCGACGUGCAUCUACAACGCACAGGGCGGUGCUGAACUUGUUGUGAGCACGAUGGGGCAAGUCGUUGUAUCGGUGCCGUUCAGUCCCACAGACGGAUGCUUCCGCAUUGCCGGCUUUACCAAGAUGCCAGCGCCGAUGUUUUACGUCGGCUUUGUAGACUUCUUCGCCGCGGGCAAUCCCAUGCUAGUCAUGGCUGGACUGAAGAGCGUGCUCGUAGCCAACCGUCCGCAGCUAACCAUCCGCGAUCGCGCGCAGCUCCUUCUGCGCCUGCUCAACAAGAAGGAGUGUGAGCAGCAAGCUGCGGAGAGCGAUGGGGUAGACGUAUGA